AUUUCAACAUCAACUUUGUUCAGUCAUAAAGUGAAUUAAAGGUUCAUAGGAGUCUAAAUCCUCUGUAGUUUUUGUCCAGUAUGGUGGAGACAGGUUUAUUUUGUAACACGCAGUAACUUCCUAUAAAAGGCAGUUUGCAGGCUGACACAGGGGCAGAGUGCAGCAAUGAGCUCCACCCACUGACUCAGCAGCUAAACAGGAAACUACGGAUUCCCGCUCCGUGUCACUGAGAGAAGACGCACGCAGAGGUUCACAGCAAAAACCUGACGGCCAGUGAAAAAGGGACCAACUCCAGAGGUGACGCUGGUGUUACUGGACACUUCAACCUUCUGCAGGCUGCACAUAACUACCCGGAGGAGUCUCAGCUCAAAGUGAAAGCAAGCUCCUGGACUGGCCUACUUCCUGCUGUGUCUUCAGCUCUACUCAGAGACACAAUGUCAAUCAGGUCAGACGAGGACCUCACUUGUCCUGUUUGCCAGGACCUCUUCAGCGAUCCCGUUGUCCUGGACUGCAGCCACAGCUUCUGUAAGGACUGUCUGCAGAGAUGGUGGAACCAGAAGACAUCACGUGAGUGUCCGUGUUGUAAGGUUGAGUCUAAAACUAACAAUCCACCGUGUAACUUGGCCUUAAAGAACCUUUCCGAGGCCUUUUUAUUAGAGAGAAAUCGGAGCGGUUGUGCAGGAUCAGACACUCUGUGCAGUGAACACGGCGAAAAGCUUAAACUCUUCUGUUUGGACCAUCAGCAGCCGAUUUGUCUGGUCUGCAGAGAUUCAAGAGCACAUGCAAACCACACCUUUUUACCUGUCAACGAAGCGGCAUGUGAUCAUAGAGAGAAGCUUCAGAAAUGCCUGAAGCCUCUACAAGAGAAGCUAAAAGCCUUUGAACAAAUGAAAGAAACCUGUGACCAAACAGCUCAACACAUAAAGGUCCAGGCCAAGCGCACGGAGACGCUGAUUCGAGAGCAGUUUCAAAAGUUUCACCAGUUCCUUGAGGAGGAAGAGGAGGCCAGGGUGUCUGCCCUGAGAGAGGAAGAGAGGCGGAAGAGUGCACUGAUGGGCGAGAAGCUGGAGGCCCUGAGCAGAGACAUGUCAGCUCUAUCGAACACAGUCAGAGCCACUGAGGGGGAGCUGAGAGCCGACGACGCCUCAUUCCUGAAGAAUUACAAGAAUGUGCUGAAAAGAGCGGAGCAGCGCUCCCUGCUGGACGCCCCCCCGCUGAGCUCAGGGGCGCUGAUAGACGCGGCCAAACAUCUGGGUAACCUGAGCUUCCACAUCUGGAACAAGAUGAAGGCCAUGGUGUCUUACACACCUGUCGUUCUGGAUCCGAACACCGCCGACGCUGAACUUGUUCUGUGCAAAGAACUGACGAGCGUGAGGUUUGGAGCCAAACAAAACCGUCCAAACAACCCAGAGAGAAGCCGAUUCCUCUGCUCCGUUCUGGGCUCCGAAGGUUUCACCUCAGGAAACCACACUUGGGACAUUGAGGUCGGGGAGAACAAGGACUGGGAACUGGGUGUGUUGGGAGAUGUAACCAGGAACAGAUCCAGCUCCGAGUCCAGACUGUGGAGAAUCAUGUUCUCUAACAGUAAGUUAUUAGUGUUCUCUACGUCGGAUCCAGAGAGAGUUCUACCGCUGAAGAAAAGGCUCCGGAAGAUCAGAGUUAAUCUGAAUUUAGAGGAAGGAGACCUUUCAUUCUACGAUCUGGAUAAAAACACACACAUUUACACAUUCAAGGACACUUUCACUGACACCCUGUUUCCAUACAUUUACACAGAGAACCAUUUACCAAUUAACAUUUUACCAGAGAAGUUUUCUGUAAGAAUGGAAAAGCAAAGUUAUGUUGGUGUGUAAGUGUAAGUUAAGGCAUUAUUAUAAUUGGGCCAAACGAUUGUCAACUGUCACGGACAGUUUACAAAAUCAGAUUUUACCGAAUGAGGUGAAAUUGUUGUUUCUACAAACCAAGGGGUCAACUGUAAUCAGUACACAGUGUUUAUUUAUGACCUCAGCUUUGUGACUGGAACAAUCUUCUAAAAUAGGAAAAUAGAAAUGUAUAUCUCUUCAUCAACAUCUCUGCUCUGCUCAAGCAACUAAUAACUGUAAAGUUAAUAAAUAAGUCAGUUCAAGUACUUGAUUUUAAAUCAUCACAGGACUUCAAAUCUUGAUUCAUGAUUCAAGGAUGAUUAAUGUAUAAACUGUAUCAAACACAUGAGCCUGUAGUUUUUUUAAUUCCUGUUUUACAUAGUGUUUUACUUUAAUGGCAUUUACAGUAAUGUGACCUUUAAUCCAUGGAACUAAUGAACGCUUUGCUCCUUCUGUGCUGAGCAUUCACAUUAUGUCUUUUUGUCAGUGUGAGUGUGUCAGAGAUUAUACGUGAAUAAACAGUGGCACACAA